GCGAUUGCGACUGCAGCUAUAGAAUGCUUAGCAUUUUUCGUAAUAGGCCUCUAUUCCAAGUUUCGUCACAGUCACUCAUGGCGUCCAUCCAUAUUGAUAACGCUCUAUCUCUCUGCCCAUAUCCUACUCAAUAUUGCUACUACCCGAACACUUUGGUUAAUGAAGGGUGUUUCUGCUAUUCCCAUCGUCUAUAGCAUCAGCAUUCUGUUGCAAACAUUCGUCCUUAUCGUGGAAAAUGUCGAAAAAAGCCGCCUGUUGUUCGACUCUGUCCGAUACAGUCCAGAAGAGCUGGCAAGCCCACUGGCUCGUCUUAUCUUUGGUUGGCUAGUCCCUCUGCUUCGGUUGGGUUACGACACGAUUCUUUCCAUGGCAACCUUGACACCACUUUCUGAAGACCUUAAAAGUCGACAACUUGAACCGAAACUUUGUCAGUCAAUGAAUCUACCCCAUAGGGCUCCCAUGUACUUAUUUUGCAAUAGUCCGACUGUUAAAAGAUACAAAAAACUUGUCUCUGCUGCGUGAACUCUUUCAGCUACGUCUGGGCCUGUUACUACCAAUACUACCUCGUUUAUUCCUCUUGGGUUUCACUCUCGCGCAGCCCUUUUUAAUUCAUACUGCGGUAUCCUACACAAGCCUCAGCCAUGACGAGAGAUCAGUCAACGAAGGGAAUCUCCUUGUUGCGGCAUUUGUUCUUACAUUUGUUGGUUAUGCGGUAUGCUUGUCACUCACAUCCCCCGCAGCAUCUUCUGACGAGUACAGCUCUCCAGCGCUUUCUAUUGGCAUCUGACAAAUCGUCUGAUGAUGAUGGUGCGUGGGAGUCUUGUCAGUCUGAUCUAUAACAGUGCUCUCCAAUCGACUGCGCCAGGUUCUUUGGACACAGGUAGCCUUACUCUCAUGACUGUUGAUGUAGAAAAGGUCAUGCUUGGGUUUGAGGACCUUCAUGAACUUUGGGCCAGUACAGCCCAGAUAGCGAUAGCGAUAUACGUACUGGCAUCAUACAUGUCCUGGGCUUGUGUUGCCCCCGUCAUUGUUCCUAUAGGUCAGCAACUCCCCAAGACAUGUGCGACCAUUUCUCCGACUAACAAUCCGAUAGUAUGCGUGGCUGUCACUGUGCCUGUCACACAGAGAAUUGGUUCUGCGCAGGGCACCUGGAAUGCCGCCGUUGAGAAACGUGUUAAUGCGACUUCAGCUGUCCUUGGUAAUCUGAAAGAAGUCCGCAUCUUGGGCAUUGGUGGCUAUGCCAGCAGCCUUCUGCAGCGUCUACGAGUUGAAGAGAUUAUCCCAUCUACUCACUUUCGCAGACUUAUGGCCGCAAUCAUUGUUUUGUCCCAAGGAACAAUUGUGCUAGGGCCCUUCGUCACUUUCGCGCUUUACGCUAUCAUUUUACGAAUCAAUGACGACUCAAAUUUCACUGCUUCCAAAGCCUUCACUUCAUUGAGCCUUAUAAACAUCAUUGCAGCUCCGAUUUCGGUAUUGAUUCAGAGUCUCCCCAGUUUCGCAGCUGGUCUCUCAUCUCUAUCGCGUAUCGAGAACUUUGUCUCUUCAACGACAUCAUCGGAUGGAAAGAAGUUGCCAGAUGAAAAGAUGUCUUUGAACAAAAGAUGCGUCUAUUUGAGGGGCCCUGGAACAGAUCUUUCAAUGGAAGAUCAGGAACUCGACAGACUUGAGCCGUCUAUUUCAUCUUACUACACCAGCCAGAGAACUCUUGAAAACAGUAUCAUAGUCAGGCAGGCGAAAUUUGGCUGGAAAGCUGACAGUGACGUUAUCAAUUCAUGCAACUUUGAGAUCCAGGACGGAGCCUUGACAGUCAUAAUGGGCCCUGUUGGUUGCGGCAAGAGCACAUUGCUAUACGGCCUACUCAACUUCGUUCGUCAUAACAGUGGCCAAGUGUGGCUGAAGCAUCGUAAUGUGUCACUUUGUGAGCAGACCCCAUGGCUAGUCAGUGGAUCUAUUCGUCACAACAUCACUUGUGGUGCAGCUUUGAACCAGCAUUGGUAUGACCAAGUUCUCAACGCAUGUGCUUUGGUACAGGAUCUUGAUCAUCUCUCGGGCCGAGACAUGCACGAGGUUGGCAAUGAGGGUAACAGUCUCAGUGGUGGGCAGAGACAGCGUAUAGCUCUCGCCCGCGCUAUUUAUGCCCAGAACCCUAUUUUGUUUCUAGACAAUCCUCUCAGUGGUGUUGACCAUUCUACGUCUCGGCAUAUUGUUCAGGCCCUGUUUGGUGAUGGAGGUCUGCUCCGCAGUGGUAAUAUCACUGUUUUAAUCACCACCGAUUGUCAACCAAGCAGCGCUGAGAACAUCAUCAUGGUGACGAGUACAACAGAGGGAGAUGCUGGUGUAUCCGACAACAAGGAGGGACAAGAGCACGCUGAGCACAACACAUCCCCAGGACCAAGCCGCGAAAUCGUUGAAGCAAAGGCAGACCUGCGACGUCCCACCGGUGACUGGACGAUCUACAGUUUUUAUGCUCGCGCAUGUGGCCGAUUCAACGCUAUCGCCUUUCUGUGCCUCUGCCUAAGUUGCGCAUUCUGCUAUCAGUUUUCAACUAUCUGGGUCCAGUGGUGGUCAGAUGCCACUGGAGACGCAAACAGAAGAUCGGAUGGGUUCUACCUGGGUAUUUAUGCUCUUCUCUGUGCUCUCGGGCUAUCUACCUUGUAUCUGGCUUGUUGGACCUCCAUGGUGACCAUGGUAACUCGGUCAGCUAUAAAACUCCAUCUCAGGGUUCUAGCUACUGUCUUCAACGCUCACGUGUCAUACUUUUUGACCAUAGACGACGGAAUCACCCUAAACCGAUUCAACCAAGAUAUGCAGCUUGUGGAUUACAGCUUGCCCCUGGCUGUUGUCAACACAUUCCUGUUUGCGUGUAUAUGCCUUGUACAAGCUGCUGUCAUAUCAGCAACAGCAAAUUACAUGGCUGCGGCAAUACCUUUCUGUCUGUCAGUAAUCUACUUCAUCCAGAGGUUUUACCUUCGCACAUCACGUCAGCUUCGUCUACUAGACAUAGAAGCCAAGGCGCCACUGUACACCAAUUUCAAGGAGACCAUUCUAGGUAUCAAUACGAUACGUGCUUAUGGCCGAGGUUUUGGUUCUUUCCUCAAACAGAAACAUAUUCAAGUUCUGGACGACUCGCAGCAGCCUAUCUAUCUUCUUUACACGGUACAAAGAUGGCUCUCUCUGGUACUUGAUCUCAUGGUUGCCUGUCUAGCUACGCUUCUCAUUGUCGUGGCGGUUCAGACGAGAUCCGGAACAUCAGGUUCAGACAUGGGUGUGGCUUUAGUGAAUCUGACAUCUUUCAACCAAUAUCUCACCAUGCUGAUUCGUUGUUGGGCCUCGAUGGAGACUUCACUUGGUGCCAUCGCCCGAAUAAAGGAUUUUUCCCGUGAUACGCCUAUUGCCAACGGCUGUGGUCAUGAAUUUCACGCAGGGUAUGAGGGCGAUCAGAGUAUUGUGUUCAAAGAUGUUACCGUCGCUUAUUUGCAGCCAAAGUCUUCGUCUGAAGACACUGAGGACAGCUUGGAAGAAAGAGGAACUCUGGGCCAUGGCCAUCUAGCACUGGACUCUAUGAACCUCUCAAUCAGACCGGGAACCAAGAUGGCCAUUACUGGACGCUCAGGCAGUGGUAAAUCUACGCUAGUCUCCAGCCUUUUUCGUAUUCUGCCGUUAUCGUCUGGAAUGAUAUCCAUCGGAGACGUGGAUAUUUCACAGCUUGAUCAGCAAGUUGUUCAAAAUCGUCUCAAUGCGAUCACGCAAAACAGCUUUUUUCUUUCAGAUGUCUCCUUGAAAGAAAAUCUUGAUCCAUCAGGACCAUAUGAUGAAAACGCUGCAGGUUUUCCAAGGCCGAUCACCGAAGUCAUGAGGGAGGUUUUAGUAAGCCUGCAACUUUGGACGUUGGUGGAGGAGCGUGGUGGACUCGAAGGAUUGUUUUCCCAGAGCUCAUGGUCUAGCGGUCAGCUACAGCUGCUGAGCGUGGCCCGCGCAAUCGUCAAGAAAAGGCGGACCCAAUAUCAUCCAGACUCAGGCUGGAAGAUACUGGUUCUCGACGAAAUAACAAGCAGUCUCGACGAAGCAUCGGCUCGAAUGGUACGUGAUCGUAUCAAGAUCGAGUUUGAAGACUACACCAUCUUGUCCAUCGUGCACAAGUUCGAUGGCGUCCUUGAGGAUAUGGACGAGAUGAUCGUCAUGGAUUCAGGAAAACUCAUCCGACGUGGGCCGCCGCGGGAACUCUUACGGGUGAUGUAGAUCCGGGCAGCCGCUCUAUAGUGGACUGGAAAUCUCAGCCAAAGAUCGCUGGGGCUACGAGCCUCUAGGAUUUGUCAUAUGCUGGGAAUUUAGUUUUACAAUGCUAUGUAGUGCUGGCUAUGGUUAUGAUGUUUAUAUUGCUUGGAGUAUUCUUUUGUAUUUUUCCGAGG